AUGCAAUUCUCAAAAGUCGCCAUCUUGUCUGCCAUCACUGGUUCAGUUUUCGCUUCAUACAACUCAACUGCCACUGACAUCAAGACCACCGUGAUCACCAUCACCUCAUGUCACGAAGACAAAUGUACUGCUGUCCCAGUCACCACCGGUUUGACCACCGUCUCCAAGAUUGACACCGUCUACACCACCUACUGCCCAUUGCCAUCAACCGCUCCUCCAGCUUCAACUGCUCCACCAGUUAUCACCACCAGUGCUACUUCUGCUCCACCAAAGAAUGUCACCGUCAUCCCAGGUGCAGGUGCCAAAUUGCAAGUUGGUGCUGCUUUGAUUGGUGCUGCUGCUUUGAUGUUCUAA